AUGUCCAAUUCAUCGUUCCCUGCUACUGACCUAUUUCCUCACCUUUCUUCCGAUGAACAGCCGCCUAUGAUCCAUAGCACUGCUGACCCUUCUUCAACAGGAACAGAUAUUUCUGAACCUGCACCUUGCCAAGCUCCUUCUACGGAACCGUCAUUCUUCGACAACGCAAACACAAAGACCGAACCUGCUGAGGAACCUGUUACAGAGGCUCGCAAACUUUCUUCUGAUCCCUCUAGUGCUGUCGCUCGGGAGAUUCAAUCAAAGCUUUCUUUAUCAAAAUCCCAUUCUUUUGAUGAAUCUGUUGAAACUCCGUCAACAAAUCCUGUAAACGAGUCCCCUAAAUACAAGGAAGAAGAUUCACAGGAUUAUGCGGAUGCUGAUUCUGAGUCUUCUUUUGCUGAAGCAUCUGAACACUUGAAAGACUUAAAGAAUUCAGAAGAUGAGAAGAAUGAAGAGAUAGAUCCGGAGCUAUCGCGUCGUGUUGCUUUACGUGAACGUAUGGCGAAAAUGAGCGGCGGCCUCGGUAUGCAAGCUUUUGGCUUACCCGGAAUGGCUGCUCCUUCUCAAAUAAAGUCUAUGAAAAAGAGCUCUGAACCAGAGUCUGAGCAUGAACGUCAACCUAUCAAUAAUCCUUCAAAGCUCGACUUAAACUCAAACAAACCACAAGAGUCUGCUGUUCCUUCAGGAAGAUCUAUAACUCCUGAGCAAGGUUCCCCGCAACCUUCUACCUACACAGAAGAAAAGUCUGAACCAAACAUUGACGAGGAGAUAUCCAACAGUUCUCAAAGUACUACUCUUCCUGGGUCCGUGGAGCAUAUUCCUGUAACUGAGGAUUUUAAGAGGCAAGGGAAAAAGGAAGAACCAUCCCCUCCUUCGAUUAUCACUGACUUCAGCCGCCAAAGUAAUCCUCAGGUGGAAGAGGUUUUGCCUCUUUCACAGACUCCCGUUAUUGCACGUCUUAAGCCUCAUCAUGCCAAUAAUUCUUCUGGCGGCCAGUCUUCGACUUCUGCAGUUGAUCCUGCUCAUGCUGUUCGUAGAGUUAUUGAUUCCAUUGAUCCUCCAAAGGACACAGUGGGCGGGACCGCUGCCGACGUAGAGUCUGCCGCAAAUUCACCAAUUUCACCUCCUCGAUCUUUGAAUAGUCGUGAACAGUCCCCUGAUGGGAAGUAUUCUUCCAAUAACACCGACUUUACAGAACGAAGGUUGCCCAGCCGUAUCACAGAAGUUUCAGAAUCCCAGACUUCUGAUGUUGAAAGAGCUCACUCUCAGCGUUCUGCUCAUCGCCCAUCUCUUACAACACUUCCAUCUAUAAAGUUUAACAAAAUGCAGACUCUUGCUAAUUUCAACGAGGAACUAGAUGAUUUGCCUGCUGUUCCUCGUAUAUUUAGUCCCCCACCUUUACCCAAAACUCCUUCUGGUGAGUUUGGUGACAGCGAAUUCAUUCAGCCAAAAAGACAGUUGAACACGACAUUUAUUCCGGGUCAUCAAACUAAGCCAUCGACUGCUUCUUCCUUGCGAAACCCUGUUUCAAUUUCUACUUCGGGUGGCCGACCUGUCCUUUCUGAUGAGCCCGACGAAGCUGAUACCCCUGAAGAACCCGAUUCCCCAGAUUCUUUUACCGAACAUCCUCUUCCUGCAGUUCCUGUGUCUGCUGAUCCUGUCAAGGAAGCUAGUGGUUCGACAAAAUAUAUUCAUACCCAGCGUAAGCCAAGUAUUAUUGCUCCAACUCCAAGUGUACCUGCAACAUCUCCACCGCCAAUUCCGGUGUUUCCUAUAAAUACUGAACCAAAAGCUCCUUCAGUUUCACCUCCUCCUGUUCCCAACGUUAAGUCUGAAGAAUCCCGUUAUGAAUCGUCUGUUUCUCCUUCGGCACCGGUACCUGAAACCAAUCAGAAUAACUCACUGACCCAGGAUAUUACACAGUUAGGAAACAGUAUGCGUUUGCCUACUAGGCUUGUUCGUCCCUCUUCUGCUGGGAGAAAAGCAUCAGGUCCUCGACCGGUAGCACCUCCUUCUAUUCCACCUCCACCUCCUGUUUCUAUGAGCAAAUCAGAGGUAUCGAAAGGGCCAGUACUACCAGCUCCAACUUCAUCUCCUCCAGUUCCUCCACCCGUGCAUCAUCAAGCGCCUCCUGCUCCUUCUACAGUUCUACCCUCUGUUCCUCCUCCUACGGCGGAUGUGCCACCCGUACCAGUAUCUCCUUUUUCUUCUCAAGAUUUUAAGAGUAGCUCAAGUCCCAGUGUUUCACAAAUUUCGGAACCCAACAAUCAGGAAGUAAGUCCUACUGCUAUGCCACAAAAUAGCGAUUCUGUCUCAAGGAAUUCUAUUUCGUCUAUGUCUAUACGCCAAGCCCCUGAUGUCAACCCUCCUCCUCUCGUUCAGAGGCCAUCACAAAGAUCAAUGAGAUCUACUGCUUCCGUUAAACGGCCUUCUAUUGUCGCCACAAAUGGUCCAUUCAAUGACGCUUAUGUCGCUAAGAUUGUUGAUACUUGUGCUGAACAAAAAUGGUGGCUUGACUCUAGCACGGUGCCCAAUUCCGUAGUGAAUUUGGAUGAUUCUGUUUUGUACAUGAUUAGAGAAGGUACGACGGGUCCAAACAAACAUUUCAAGUCUGUACACAUCUUGUUUUAUGACUAUAGCCAGACGGUUUUGACUUCUACAUUUAAUCCUGCUACGCAUUAUGUAACUCAACUUUCGCAGUUACAAUUGGCACCUCCAGCGCAGCCCUCUAAGGAGCGACUUGCCCAAGAAUUUGAAUGCUAUGGUAACACUAUUUUGAGAAAAGCGAAGGCUUCUCAGGGGCUUACUGUUGGAGAUGGUACUGCGUAUGCCUUUGUUAGUUCUGUACUCGAUAAUCUUACUCAAAAUAUCGAGCCAAUUAAUAAGCGUACUUUCGGUGCUAUUGUGUACGCCAAUGACUCAAAUGUUACUAUUCAACAAAAUGGUGAAAUCAAGGCUGGCGACAUUGUCACCUUUGAGAAUGUUAAAUUGAGCGGUCAAAAAGGCACGCUUCGUCACAAGUACGCUUUUGAAGUGGGAAGACCAAUCCAUGUUGGCAUUGUUGCAGAGUGGGAAGUUUCAAGGAUGAAAAUACGCGCUUUAGAACAAGGACGCGAAUCGAAGAAGGUUUCAUUAGUUAGUUAUAAACUUGGUGAUCUGAAGAGUGGUAAAAUAACGGUUUGGCGUACGAUGCGACGAUCAUGGUUAAGCUGGACAUAG